AUGAGUGUCAAGGCCUACGAGCGAGUGUCAAGGCCUACGAGCGAGUGUCAAGGCCUACGAAUGAGUGUCAAGGCCUACGAGCGAGUGUCAAGGCCUACGAGCCUACGAGCGAGUGUCAAGGCCUACGAGCGAGUGUCAAGGCCUACGAGCGAGUGUCAAGGCCUACGAGCGAGUGUCAAGGCCUACGAGCGAGUGUCAAGGCCUACGGGCGAGUGUCAAGGCCUACGAGCGAGUAUCAAGGCCUACGAGCGAGUGUCAAGGCCUACGAGCCUACGAGCGAGUGUCAAGGCCUACGAGCGAGUGUCAAGGCCUACGAAUGAGUGUCAAGGCCUACGAGCGAGUGUCAAAGCCUACGAGCGAGUGUCAAGGCCUACGAAUGAGUGUCAAGGCCUACGAAUGAGUGUCAAGGCCUACGAGCGAGUGUCAAGGCCUACGAGCGAGUGUCAAGGCCUACGAGCCUACGAGCGAGUGUCAAGGCCUACGAGCGAGUGUCAAGGCCUACGAAUGAGUGUCAAGGCCUACGAGCGAGUGUCAAGGCCUACGAGCCUACGAGCGAGUGUCAAGGCCUACGAGCGAGUGUCAAGGCCUACGAGCGAGUGUCAAGGCCUACGAGCGAGUGUCAAGGCCUACGAGCGAGUGUCAAGGCCUACGGGCGAGUGUCAAGGCCUACGAGCGAGUGUCAAGGCCUACGGGCGAGUGUCAAGGCCUACGAAUGAGUGUCAAGGCCUACGAGCGAGUGUCAAGGCCUACGAGCGAGUGUCAAGGCCUACGAGCGAGUGUCAAGGCCUACGAGCGAGUGUCAAGGCCUACGAGCGAGUGUCAAGGCCUACGGGCGAGUGUCAAGGCCUACGAGCGAGUGUCAAGGCCUACGGGCGAGUGUCAAGGCCUACGAGCGAGUGUCAAGGCCUACGAAUGAGUGUCAAGGCCUACGAGCGAGUGUCAAGGCCUACGAGCGAGUGUCAAGGCCUACGAGCGAGUGUCAAGGCCUACGAGCGAGUGUCAAGGCCUACGAGCGAGUGUCAAGGCGUACGGGCGAGUGUCAAGGCCUACGAGCGAGUGUCAAGGCCUACGGAUGAGUGUCAAGGCCUACGAAUGAGUGUCAAGGCCUACGAGCGAGUGUCAAGGCCUACGAGUGAGUGUCAAGGCCUACGAGCCUACGAGCGAGUGUCAAGGCCUACGAGCGAGUGUCAAGGCCUACGAGCGAGUGUCAAGGCCUACGAGCGAGUGUCAAGGCCUACGAGCGAGUGUCAAGGCGUACGGGCGAGUGUCAAGGCCUACGAGCGAGUGUCAAGGCCUACGGAUGAGUGUCAAGGCCUACGAAUGAGUGUCAAGGCCUACGAGCGAGUGUCAAGGCCUACGAGCCUACGAGUGAGUGUCAAGGCCUACGAGCGAGUGUCAAGGCCUACGAGUGAGUGUCAAGGCCUACGAGCGAGUGUCAAGGCCUACGAGCCUACGAGCGAGUGUCAAGGCCUACGAGUGAGUGUCAAGGCCUACGAGCCUACGAGUGAGUGUCAAGGCCUACGAGUGAGUGUCAAGGCCUACGAGCGAGUGUCAAGGCCUACGAGUGAGUGUCAAGGCCUACGAGCGAGUGUCAAGGCCUACGAGUCAGUGUCAAAGCCUACGAGUGAGUGUCAAGGCCUACGAAUGAGUGUCAAGGCCUACGAGCGAAUGUCAAGGCCUACGAGCGAGUGUCAAGGCCUACGAGCCUACGAGCGAGUGUCAAGGCCUACGAAUGAGUGUCAAGGCCUACGAGUGAGUGUCAAGGCCUACGAGCGAGUGUCAAGGCCUACGAGCCUACGAGCGAGUGUCAAGGCCUACGAGCGAGUGUCAAGGCCUACGAGCGAGUGUCAAGGCCUACGAGUGAGUGUCAAGGCCUACGAGCGAGUGUCAAGGCCUACGAGCCUACGAGUGAAUGUCAAGGUCUACGAGCGAGUGUCAAGGCCUACGAGCAUGUGUCAAGGCCUACGAGUGAGUGUCAAGGCCUACGAGCGAGUGUCAAGGCCUACGAGCGAGUGUCAAGGCCUACGAGCCUACGAGCGAGUGUCAAGGCCUACGAGUGAGUGUCAAGGCCUACGAGUGAGUGUCAAGGCCUACGAGCGAGUGUCAAGGCCUACGAGUGAGUGUCAAGGCCUACGAGUGAGUGUCAAGGCCUACGAGCGAGUGUCAAGGCCUACGAGCGAGUGUCAAGGCCUACGAGCGAGUGUCAAGGCCUACGAGCGAGUGUCAAGGCCUACGAGUGAGUGUCAAGGCCUACGAGUGAGUGUCAAGGCCUACGAGCGAGUGUCAAGGCCUACGAGCGAGUGUCAAGGCCUACGAGCGAGUGUCAAGGCCUACGAGCGAGUGUCAAGGCUUACGAAUGAGUGUCAAGGCCUACGAGUGAGUGUCAAGGCCUACGAGCGAGUGUCAAGGCCUACGAGCGAGUGUCAAGGCCUACGAGCGAGUGUCAAGGCCUACGAGCGAGUGUCAAGGCCUACGAGUGAGUGUCAAGGCCUACGAGUGAGUGUCAAGGCCUACGAGCGAGUGUCAAGGCCUACGAGCGAGUGUCAAGGCUUACAAGCGAGUGUCAAGGCCUACGAGCCUACGAGCGAGUGUCAAGGCCUACGAGCGAGUGUCAAGGCCUACGAGCGAGUGUCAAGGCCUACGAGCGAGUGUCAAGGCCUACGAGUGAGUGUCAAGGCCUACGAGCGAGUGUCAAGGCCUACGGGUGAGUGUCAAGGCCUACGAGCGAGUGUCAAGGCCUACAAGCGAGUGUCAAGGCCUACGAGCCUACGGGUGAGUGUCAAGGCCUACGAGCGAGUGUCAAGGCCUACGAGCGAGUGUCAAGGCCUACGGGUGAGUGUCAAGGCCUACGAGCGAGUGUCAAGGCCUACGAGUGAGUGUCAAGGCCUACGAGCGAGUGUCAAGGCCUACGAGCCUACGAGCGAGUGUCAAGGCCUACGAGUGAGUGUCAAGGCCUACGAGCGAGUGUCAAGGCCUACGAGCGAGUGUCAAGGCCUACGAGUCAGUGUCAAAGCCUACGAGCCUACGAGAGAGUGUCAAGGCCUACGAGUGAGUGUCAAGGCCUACGAGCGAGUGUCAAGGCCUACGAGCGAGUGUCAAGGCCUACGAGCGAGUGUCAAGGCCUACGAGCGAGUGUCAAGGCCUACGAGCGAGUGUCAAGGCCUACGAGCGAGUGUCAAGGCCUACGAGCGAGUGUCAAGGCCUACGAGUGAGUGUCAAGGCCUACGAGCGAGUGUCAAGGCCUACGGGCCUACGAGCGAGUGUCAAGGCCUACGAGCGAGUGUCAAGGCCUACGAGUCAGUGUCAAAGCCUACGAGUGAGUGUCAAGGCCUACGAAUGAGUGUCAAGGCCUACGAGCGAGUGUCAAGGCCUACGAAUGAGUGUCAAAGCCUACGAGCGAGCCUACGAGCGAGUGUCAAGGCCUACGAGCGAGUGUCAAGGCCUACGAGCGAGUGUCAAGGCCUACGAGUGAGUGUCAAGGCCUACGAGCCUACGAGCGAGUGUCAAGGCCUACGAGCGAGUGUCAAGGCCUACGAGCGAGUGUCAAGGCUUACGAAUGAGUGUCAAGGCCUACGAGUGAGUGUCAAGGCCUACGAGCGAGUGUCAAGGCCUACGAGCGAGUGUCAAGGCCUACGAGCGAGUGUCAAGGCCUACGAGCGAGUGUCAAGGCCUACGAGUGAGUGUCAAGGCCUACGAGUGAGUGUCAAGGCCUACGAGCGAGUGUCAAGGCCUACGAGCGAGUGUCAAGGCUUACAAGCGAGUGUCAAGGCCUACGAGCCUACGGGUGAGUGUCAAGGCCUACGAGCGAGUGUCAAGGCCUACGAGCGAGUGUCAAGGCCUACGAGCGAGUGUCAAGGCCUACGAGCGAGUGUCAAGGCCUACGAGCCUACGAGCGAGUGUCAAGGCCUACGAGCGAGUGUCAAGGCCUACAAGCGAGUGUCAAGGCCUACGAGUGAGUGUCAAGGCCUACGAGUGAGUGUCAAGGCCUACGAGCGAGUGUCAAGGCCUACGGGUGAGUGUCAAGGCCUACGAGCGAGUGUCAAGGCCUACGAGCGAGUGUCAAGGCCUACGGGCCUACGAGCGAGUGUCAAGGCCUACGAGCGAGUGUCAAGGCCUACGAGCGAGUGUCAAGGCCUACGAGCGAGUGUCAAGGCCUACGAGCGAGUGUCAAGGCCUACGGGCGAGUGUCAAGGCCUACGGGCCUACGAGCGAGUGUCAAGGCCUACGGGUGAGUGUCAAGGCCUACGAGCGAGUGUCAAGGCCUACGAGCGAGUGUCAAGGCCUACGAGCGAGUGUCAAGGCCUACGAAUGAGUGUCAAGGCCUACGAGCGAGUGUCAAGGCUUACGAGCCUACGAGCGAGUGUCAAGGCCUACGAGCGAGUGUCAAGGCCUACGAGCGAGUGUCAAGGCCUACGAAUGAGUGUCAAGGCCUACGAGCGAGUGUCAAGGCUUACGAGCCUACGAGCGAGUGUCAAGGCCUACGAGCGAGUGUCAAGGCCUACGAGCGAGUGUCAAGGCCUACGAAUGAGUGUCAAGGCCUACGAGCGAGUGUCAAGGCUUACGAGCCUACGAGCGAGUGUCAAGGCCUACGAGCGAGUGUCAAGGCCUACGAGCGAGUGUCAAGGCCUACGAGCGAGUGUCAAGGCCUACGAGCGAGUGUCAAGGCUUACGAGUGAGUGUCAAGGCCUACGAGCGAGUGUCAAGGCCUACGAGCGAGUGUCGAGGCCUACGAGCGAGUGUCAAGGCCUACGAGCGAGUGUCAAGGCCUACGAGCGAGUGUCAAGGCCUACGAGCGAGUGUCAAGGCCUACGAAUGAGUGUCAAGGCCUACGAGCGAGUGUCAAAGCCUACGAGCGAGUGUCAAAGCCUACGAGCGAGUGUCAAGGCCUACGAGCGAGUGUCAAGGCCUACGAGCGAGUGUCAAGGCCUACGAGCGAGUGUCAAGGCCCACGAGCGAGUGUCAAGGCCUACGAGUGAGUGUCAAGGCCUACGAGCGAGUGUCAAGGCCUACGAGCGAGUGUCAAGGCCUACGAGCGAGUGUCAAGGCCUACGAGUGAGUGUCAAGGCCUACGAGCGAGUGUCAAGGCCUACGAGCGAGUGUCAAGGCCUACGAGCGAUUGUCAAGGCCUACGAGCCUACGAGCGAGUGUCAAGGCCUACGAGCGAGUGUCAAGGCCUACGAGCGAGUGUCAAGGCCUACGAGCGAGUGUCAAGGCCUACGAGCGAGUGUCAAGGCUUACGAGCCUACGAGCGAGUGUCAAGGCCUACGAGUGAGUGUCAAAGCCUACGAGCGAGUGUCAAGGCCUACGAGCGAGUGUCAAGGCCUACGAGCGAGUGUCAAGGCCUACGAGCGAGUGUCAAGGCCUACGAGCGAGUGUCAAGGCCUACGAGCGAGUGUCAAGGCCUACGAGCGAGUGUCAAGGCCUACGAGCGAGUGUCAAGGCCUACGAGCGAGUGUCAAGGCCUACGAGCGAGUGUCAAGGCUUACGAGUGAGUGUCAAGGCCUACGAGCGAGUGUCAAGGCCUACGAGCGAGUGUCAAGGCCUACGAGCGAGUGUCAAGGCCUACGAGCGAGUGUCAAGGCCUACGAGCGAGUGUCAAGGCCUACGAGCGAGUGUCAAGGCUUACGAGUGAGUGUCAAGGCCUACGAGCGAGUGUCAAGGCCUACGAGCGAGUGUCAAGGCCUACGAAUGAGUGUCAAGGCCUACGAGCGAGUGUCAAGGCUUACGAGCCUACGAGCGAGUGUCAAGGCCUACGAGCGAGUGUCAAGGCCUACGAGCGAGUGUCAAGGCCUACGAAUGAGUGUCAAGGCCUACGAGCGAGUGUCAAGGCUUACGAGCCUACGAGCGAGUGUCAAGGCCUACGAGCGAGUGUCAAGGCCUACGAGCGAGUGUCAAGGCCUACGAAUGAGUGUCAAGGCCUACGAGCGAGUGUCAAGGCUUACGAGCCUACGAGCGAGUGUCAAGGCCUACGAGCGAGUGUCAAGGCCUACGAGCGAGUGUCAAGGCCUACGAAUGAGUGUCAAGGCCUACGAGCGAGUGUCAAGGCUUACGAGCCUACGAGCGAGUGUCAAGGCCUACGAGCGAGUGUCAAGGCCUACGAGCGAGUGUCAAGGCCUACGAGCGAGUGUCAAGGCCUACGAGCGAGUGUCAAGGCUUACGAGCCUACGAGCGAGUGUCAAGGCCUACGAGCGAGUGUCAAGGCUUACGGGUGAGUGUCAAGGCCUACGAGCGAGUGUCAAGGCCUACGAGCGAGUGUCAAGGCCUACGAGCGAGUGUCAAGGCCUACGAAUGAGUGUCAAGGCCUACGAGCGAGUGUCAAGGCUUACGAGCCUACGAGCGAGUGUCAAGGCCUACGAGCGAGUGUCAAGGCCUACGAGCGAGUGUCAAGGCCUACGAGCGAGUGUCAAGGCCUACGAGCGAGUGUCAAGGCUUACGAGUGAGUGUCAAGGCCUACGAGCGAGUGUCAAGGCCUACGAGCGAGUGUCGAGGCCUACGAGCGAGUGUCAAGGCCUACGAGCGAGUCUCAAGGCCUACGAGCGAGUGUCAAGGCCUACGAGCGAGUGUCAAGGCCUACGAAUGAGUGUCAAGGCCUACGAGCGAGUGUCAAAGCCUACGAGCGAGUGUCAAAGCCUACGAGCGAGUGUCAAGGCCUACGAGCGAGUGUCAAGGCCUACGAGCGAGUGUCAAGGCCUACGAGCGAGUGUCAAGGCCCACGAGCGAGUGUCAAGGCCUACGAGUGAGUGUCAAGGCCUACGAGCGAGUGUCAAGGCCUACGAGCGAGUGUCAAGGCCUACGAGCGAGUGUCAAGGCCUACGAGUGAGUGUCAAGGCCUACGAGCGAGUGUCAAGGCCUACGAGCGAGUGUCAAGGCCUACGAGCGAUUGUCAAGGCCUACGAGCCUACGAGCGAGUGCCAAGGCCUACGAGUGAGUGUCAAAGCCUACGAGCGAGUGUCAAGGCCUACGAGCGAGUGUCAAGGCCUACGAGCGAGUGUCAAGGCCUACGAGCGAGUGUCAAGGCCUACGAGCCUACGAGCGAGUGUCAAGGCCUACGAGCGAGUGUCAAGGCCUACGAGCGAGUGUCAAGGCCUACGAGCGAGUGUCAAGGCCUACGAGCGAGUGUCAAGGCCUACGAGCGAGUGUCAAGGCCUACGAGCGAGUGUCAAGGCUUACGAGCCUACGAGCGAGUGUCAAGGCCUACGAGCGAGUGUCAAGGCCUACGAGCGAGUGUCAAGGCCUACGAGCGAGUGUCAAGGCUUACGAGCCUACGAGCGAGUGUCAAGGCCUACGAGCGAGUGUCAAGGCCUACGAAUGAGUGUCAAGGCCUACGAGCGAGUGUCAAGGCUUACGAGCCUACGAGCGAGUGUCAAGGCCUACGAGCGAGUGUCAAGGCCUACGAGCGAGUGUCAAGGCCUACGAAUGAGUGUCAAGGCCUACGAGCGAGUGUCAAGGCUUACGAGCCUACGAGCGAGUGUCAAGGCCUACGAGCGAGUGUCAAGGCCUACGAGCGAGUGUCAAGGCCUACGAAUGAGUGUCAAGGCCUACGAGCGAGUGUCAAGGCUUACGAGCCUACGAGCGAGUGUCAAGGCCUACGAGCGAGUGUCAAGGCCUACGAGCGAGUGUCAAGGCCUACGAAUGAGUGUCAAGGCCUACGAGCGAGUGUCAAGGCUUACGAGCCUACGAGCGAGUGUCAAGGCCUACGAGCGAGUGUCAAGGCCUACGAGCGAGUGUCAAGGCCUACGAGCGAGUGUCAAGGCCUACGAGCGAGUGUCAAGGCUUACGAGCCUACGAGCGAGUGUCAAGGCCUACGAGCGAGUGUCAAGGCCUACGAGCGAGUGUCAUGGCCUACGAGUGAGUGUCAAGGCCUACGAGCGAGUGUCAAGGCCUACGAGCGAGUGUCAAGGCCUACGAGCGAUUGUCAAGGCCUACGAGCCUACGAGCGAGUGUCAAGGCCUACGAGCGAGUGUCAAGGCCUACGAGCGAGUGUGUCAAGGCCUACGAGCGAGUGUCAAGGCCUACGAGCGAGUGUCAAGGCUUACGAGCCUACGAGCGAGUGUCAAGGCCUACGAGCGAGUGUCAAGGCCUACGAGCGAGUGUCAAGGCCCACGAGCGAGUGUCAAGGCCUACGAGCCUACGAGCGAGUGUCAAGGCCUACGAGUGAGUGUCAAGGCCUACGAGCGAGUGUCAAGGCCUACGAGCGAGUGUCAAGGCCUACGAGCGAUUGUCAAGGCCUACGAGCCUACGAGCGAGUGUCAAGGCCUACGAGUGAGUGUCAAAGCCUACGAGCGAGUGUCAAGGCCUACGAGCGAGUGUCAAGGCCUACGAGCGAGUGUCAAGGCCUACGAGCGAGUGUCAAGGCCUACGAGCCUACGAGUGAGUGUCAAGGCCUACGAGCGAGUGUCAAGGCUUACGAGCCUACGGGUGAGUGUCAAGGCCUACGAGCGAGUGUCAAGGCCUACGAGCGAGUGUCAAGGCCUACGAGCGAGUGUCAAGGCCUACGAGCGAGUGUCAAGGCCUACGAAUGAGUGUCAAGGCCUACGAGCCUACGAGCGAGUGUCAAGGCCUACGAGUGAGUGUCAAAGCCUACGAGUGAGUGUCAAGGCCUACGAGCGAGUGUCAAGGCCUACGAAUGAGUGUCAAGGCCUACGAAUGAGUGUCAAGGCCUACAAGCGAGUGUCAAGGCUUACGAGCCUACGAGCGAGUGUCAAGGCCUACGAGCGAGUGUCAAGGCCUACGAGCGAGUGUCAAGGCCUACGAGUGAGUGUCAAGGCCUACGAGCGAGUGUCAAGGCCUACGAGCGAGUGUCAAGGCCUACGAGCGAGUGUCAAGGCCUACGAGCGAGUGUCAAGGCCUACGAGCGAGUGUCAAGGCCCACGAGCGAGUGUCAAGGCCUACGAGCCUACGAGCGAGUGUCAAGGCCUACGAGUGAGUGUCAAGGCCUACGAGCGAGUGUCAAGGCCUACGAGCGAGUGUCAAGGCCUACGAGCGAUUGUCAAGGCCUACGAGCCUACGAGCGAGUGUCAAGGCCUACGAGUGAGUGUCAAAGCCUACGAGCGAGUGUCAAGGCCUACGAGCGAGUGUCAAGGCCUACGAGCGAGUGUCAAGGCUUACGAGCCUACGAGCGAGUGUCAAGGCCUACGAGCGAGUGUCAAGGCCUACGAGCGAGUGUCAAGGCCUACGAAUGAGUGUCAAGGCCUACGAGCGAGUGUCAAAGCCUACGAGCGAGUGUCAAAGCCUACGAGCGAGUGUCAAGGCCUACGAGCGAGUGUCAAGGCCUACGAGCGAGUGUCAAGGCCUACGAGCGAGUGUCAUGGCCUACGAGUGAGUGUCAAGGCCUACGAGCGAGUGUCAAGGCCUACGAGCGAGUGUCAAGGCCUACGAGCGAUUGUCAAGGCCUACGAGCCUACGAGCGAGUGUCAAGGCCUACGAGCGAGUGUCAAGGCCUACGAGCGAGUGUCAAGGCCUACGAGCGAGUGUCAAGGCCUACGAGCGAGUGUCAAGGCUUACGAGCCUACGAGCGAGUGUCAAGGCCUACGAGCGAGUGUCAAGGCCUACGAGCGAGUGUCAAGGCCUACGAGCGAGUGUCAAGGCCCACGAGCGAGUGUCAAGGCCUACGAGCCUACGAGCGAGUGUCAAGGCCUACGAGUGAGUGUCAAGGCCUACGAGCGAGUGUCAAGGCCUACGAGCGAGUGUCAAGGCCUACGAGCGAUUGUCAAGGCCUACGAGCCUACGAGCGAGUGUCAAGGCCUACGAGUGAGUGUCAAAGCCUACGAGCGAGUGUCAAGGCCUACGAGCGAGUGUCAAGGCCUACGAGCGAGUGUCAAGGCCUACGAGCGAGUGUCAAGGCCUACGAGUGAGUGUCAAGGCCUACGAGCGAGUGUCAAGGCCUACGAGCGAGUGUCAAGGCCUACGAGCGAGUGUCAAAGCCUACGAGCCUACGAGCGAGUGUCAAGGCUUACGAGUGAGUGUCAAGGCCUACGAGUGAGUGUCAAGGCCUACGAGCGAGUGUCAAGGCCUACGGGCCUACGAGCGAGUGUCAAGGCCUACGAGCGAGUGUCAAGGCCUACGAAUGAGUGUCAAGGCCUACGAGUGAGUGUCAAGGCCUACGAGCGAGUGUCAAGGCCCACGAGUGAGUGUCAAGGCCUACGAGCGAGUGUCAAGGCCUACGAGCCUACGAAUGAGUGUCAAGGCCUACGAAUGAGUGUCAAGGCCUACAAGCGAGUGUCAAGGCUUACGAGCCUACGAGCGAGUGUCAAGGCCUACGAGCGAGUGUCAAGGCCUACGAGCGAGUGUCAAGGCCUACGAGUGAGUGUCAAGGCCUACGAGCGAGUGUCAAGGCCUACGAGCGAGUGUCAAGGCCUACGAGCGAGUGUCAAGGCCUACGAGCGAGUGUCAAGGCCUACGAGCGAGUGUCAAGGCCCACGAGCGAGUGUCAAGGCCUACGAGCCUACGAGCGAGUGUCAAGGCCUACGAGUGAGUGUCAAGGCCUACGAGCGAGUGUCAAGGCCUACGAGCGAGUGUCAAGGCCUACGAGCGAUUGUCAAGGCCUACGAGCCUACGAGCGAGUGUCAAGGCCUACGAGUGAGUGUCAAAGCCUACGAGCGAGUGUCAAGGCCUACGAGCGAGUGUCAAGGCCUACGAGCGAGUGUCAAGGCCUACGAGCCUACGAAUGAGUGUCAAGGCCUACGAGUGAGUGUCAAGGCCUACGAGCGAGUGUCAAGGCUUACGAGUGAGUGUCAAGGCCUACGAGUGAGUGUCAAGGCCUACGAGCGAGUGUCAAGGCCUACGGGCCUACGAGCGAGUGUCAAGGCCUACGAGCGAGUGUCAAGGCCUACGAAUGAGUGUCAAGGCCUACGAGUGAGUGUCAAGGCCUUCGAGCGAGUGUCAAGGCCCACGAGUGAGUGUCAAGGCCUACGAGCGAGUGUCAAGGCCUACGAGCCUACGAAUGAGUGUCAAGGCCUACGAAUGAGUGUCAAGGCCUACAAGCGAGUGUCAAGGCUUACGAGUGAGUGUCAAGGCCUACGAGCGAGUGUCAAGGCCUACGAGCGAGUGUCAAGGCCUACGAGCCUACGAGCGAGUGUCAAGGCCUACGAGCGAGUGUCAAGGCCUACGAGUGAGUGUCAAGGCCUACGAGCGAGUGUCAAGGCCUACGAGCGAGUGUCAAGGCCUACGAGCGAGUGUCAAAGCCUACGAGUGAGUGUCAAGGCCUACGAGCGAGUGUCAAGGCUUACGAGCCUACGGGUGAGUGUCAAGGCCUACGAGCGAGUGUCAAGGCCUACGAGCGAGUGUCAAGGCCUACGAGCGAGUGUCAAGGCCUACGAGCGAGUGUCAAGGCCUACGAAUGAGUGUCAAGGCCUACGAGCCUACGAGCGAGUGUCAAGGCCUACGAGUGAGUGUCAAAGCCUACGAGUGAGUGUCAAGGCCUACGAGCGAGUGUCAAGGCCUACGAAUGAGUGUCAAGGCCUACGAAUGAGUGUCAAGGCCUACAAGCGAGUGUCAAGGCUUACGAGCCUACGAGCGAGUGUCAAGGCCUACGAGCGAGUGUCAAGGCCUACGAGCGAGUGUCAAGGCCUACGAGUGAGUGUCAAGGCCUACGAGCGAGUGUCAAGGCUUACGAGUGAGUGUCAAGGCCUACGAGUGAGUGUCAAGGCCUACGAGCGAGUGUCAAGGCCUACGGGCCUACGAGCGAGUGUCAAGGCCUACGAGCGAGUGUCAAGGCCUACGAAUGAGUGUCAAGGCCUACGAGUGAGUGUCAAGGCCUACGAGCGAGUGUCAAGGCCUACGAGCGAGUGUCAAGGCCUACGAGCGAGUGUCAAGGCCUACGAGCGAGUGUCAAGGCCUACGAGCGAGUGUCAAGGCCUACGAGUGAGUGUCAAAGCCUACGAGCCAACGAGCGAGUGUCAAGGCCUACGAGCGAGUGUCAAGGCCUACGAGCGAGUGUCAAGGCUUACGAGCGAGUUUCAAGGCCUACGAGCGAGUGUCAAGGCCUACGAGCGAGUGUCAAGGCUUACGAGCGAGUGUCAAGGCUUACGUGUGAGUGUCAAGGCCUACGAGCGAGUUUCAAGGCCUACGAGCGAGUGUCAAGGCCUACGAGCGAGUGUCAAGGCUUACGAGCGAGUGUCAAGGCUUACGUGUGAGUGUCAAGGCCUACGAGCGAGUGUCAAGGCCUACGAGCGAGUGUCAAGGCCUACGAGCGAGUGUCAAGGCCUACGAAUGAGUGUCAAGGCCUACGAGCGAGUGUCAAGGCUUACGAGUGAGUGUCAAGGCUUACGAGUGAGUGUCAAGGCCUACGAGCGAGUGUCAAGGCCUACGAGCGAGUGUCAAGGCCUACGAGUGAGUGUCAAGGCCUACGAGCGAGUGUCAAGGCCUACGGGCCUACGAGUGAGUGUCAAGGCCUACGAGCGAGUGUCAAGGCCUACGAGCGAGUGUCAAGGCCUACGAGUGAGUGUCAAAGCCUACGAGCGAGUGUCAAGGCCUACGAGCGAGUGUCAAGGCCUACGAGCGAGUGUCAAGGCCUACGAGCGAGUGUCAAGGCCUACGAGUGAGUGUCAAGGCCUACGAGCGAGUGUCAAGGCCUACGAGCGAGUGUCAAGGCCUACGAGCGAGUGUCAAAGCCUACGAGCCUACGAGCGAGUGUCAAGGCUUACGAGUGAGUGUCAAGGCCUACGAGUGAGUGUCAAGGCCUACGAGCGAGUGUCAAGGCCUACGGGCCUACGAGCGAGUGUCAAGGCCUACGAGCGAGUGUCAAGGCCUACGAAUGAGUGUCAAGGCCUACGAGUGAGUGUCAAGGCCUACGAGCGAGUGUCAAGGCCCACGAGUGAGUGUCAAGGCCUACGAGCGAGUGUCAAGGCCUACGAGCCUACGAAUGAGUGUCAAGGCCUACGAAUGAGUGUCAAGGCCUACAAGCGAGUGUCAAGGCUUACGAGUGAGUGUCAAGGCCUACGAGCGAGUGUCAAGGCCUACGAGCGAGUGUCAAGGCCUACAAGCGAGUGUCAAGGCCUACGAGCGAGUGUCAAGGCCUACGAGCCUACGAGUGAGUGUCAAAGCCUACGAGCGAGUGUCAAGGCCUACGAGCGAGUGUCAAGGCCUACGAGCGAGUGUCAAAGCUUACGAGUGAGUGUCAAGGCCUACGAGCGAGUGUCAAGGCCUACGAAUGAGUGUCAAGGCCUACGAGCGAGUGUCAAGGCCUACAAGCGAGUGUCAAGGCUUACGAGCCUACGAGCGAGUGUCAAGGCCUACGAGCGAGUGUCAAGGCCUACGAGCGAGUGUCAAGGCCUACGAGUGAGUGUCAAGGCCUACGAGCGAGUGUCAAGGCUUACGAGCCUACGGGUGAGUGUCAAGGCCUACGAGCGAGUGUCAAGGCCUACGAGCGAGUGUCAAGGCCUACGAGCGAGUGUCAAGGCCUACGAGCGAGUGUCAAGGCCUACGAAUGAGUGUCAAGGCCUACGAGUGAGUGUCAAGGCCUACGAGCGAGUGUCAAGGCCCACGAGUGAGUGUCAAGGCCUACGAGUGAGUGUCAAGGCCUACGAGCGAGUGUCAAGGCCUACGAGCGAGUGUCAAGGCCUACGAGCGAGUGUCAAGGCCUACGAGCGAGUGUCAAGGCCUACGAGCGAGUGUCAAGGCUUACGAGUGAGUGUCAAGGCCUACGAGCGAGUGUCAAGGCCUACGAGCGAGUGUCAAGGCCUACGAGCGAGUGUCAAGGCUUACGAGCCUACGAGCGAGUGUCAAGGCCUACGAGCGAGUGUCAAGGCUUACGAGCGAGUGUCAAGGCUUACGUGUGAGUGUCAAGGCCUACGAGCGAGUGUCAAGGCCUACGAGCGAGUGUCAAGGCCUACGAGCGAGUGUCAAGGCCUACGAAUGAGUGUCAAGGCCUACGAGCGAGUGUCAAGGCUUACGAGCCUACGAGCGAGUGUCAAGGCCUACGAGCGAGUGUCAAGGCUUACGAGCGAGUGUCAAGGCUUACGAGUGAGUGUCAAGGCCUACGAGCGAGUGUCAAGGCCUACGAGCGAGUGUCAAGGCUUACGAGCGAGUGUCAAGGCUUACGAGCCUACGAGCGAGUGUCAAGGCCUACGAAUGAGUGUCAAGGCCUACGAGCGAGUGUCAAGGCUUACGAGCCUACGAGCGAGUGUCAAGACUUACGAGCGAGUGUCAAGGCUUACGAGUGAGUGUCAAGACCUACGAGCGAGUGUCAAGGCCUACGAGCGAGUGUCAAGGCCUACGAGCGAGUGUCAAGGCCUACGAAUGAGUGUCAAGGCCUACGAGCCUACGAGCGAGUGUCAAGGCCUACGAGCGAGUGUCAAGGCCUACGAGCGAGUGUCAAGGCUUACGAGUGAGUGUCAAGGCCUACGAGCGAGUGUCAAGGCCUACGAGCGAGUGUCAAGGCUUACGAGCGAGUGUCAAGGCUUACGAGCCUACGAGCGAGUGUCAAGGCCUACGAAUGAGUGUCAAGGCCUACGAGCGAGUGUCAAGGCUUACGAGCCUACGAGCGAGUGUCAAGGCCUACGAGCGAGUGUCAAGGCUUACGAGCGAGUGUCAAGGCUUACGAGUGAGUGUCAAGGCCUACGAGCGAGUGUCAAGGCCUACGAGCGAGUGUCAAGGCCUACGAGCGAGUGUCAAGGCCUACGAAUGAGUGUCAAGGCCUACGAGCGAGUGUCAAGGCUUACGAGUGAGUGUCAAGGCUUACGAGUGAGUGUCAAGGCCUACGAGCCUACGAGCGAGUGUCAAGGCCUACGGGUGAGUGUCAAGGCCUACGAGCGAGUGUCAAGGCCUACGAGCGAGUGUCAAGGCCUACGAGCGAGUGUCAAGGCCUACGAGCGAGUGUCAAGGCCUACGAAUGAGUGUCAAGGCCUACGAGUGAGUGUCAAGGCCUACGAGCGAGUGUCAAGGCCCACGAGUGAGUGUCAAGGCCUACGAGCGAGUGUCAAGGCCUACGAGCCUACGAGCGAGUGUCAAGGCCUACGAGCGAGUGUCAAGGCUUACGAGCGAGUGUCAAGGCUUACGUGUGAGUGUCAAGGCCUACGAGCGAGUGUCAAGGCCUACGAGCGAGUGUCAAGGCCUACGAGCGAGUGUCAAGGCCUACGAAUGAGUGUCAAGGCCUACGAGCGAGUGUCAAGGCUUACGAGCCUACGAGCGAGUGUCAAGGCCUACGAGCGAGUGUCAAGGCUUACGAGCGAGUGUCAAGGCUUACGAGUGAGUGUCAAGGCCUACGAGCGAGUGUCAAGGCCUACGAGCGAGUGUCAAGGCUUACGAGCGAGUGUCAAGGCUUACGAGCCUACGAGCGAGUGUCAAGGCCUACGAAUGAGUGUCAAGGCCUACGAGCGAGUGUCAAGGCUUACGAGCCUACGAGCGAGUGUCAAGACUUACGAGCGAGUGUCAAGGCUUACGAGUGAGUGUCAAGACCUACGAGCGAGUGUCAAGGCCUACGAGCGAGUGUCAAGGCCUACGAGCGAGUGUCAAGGCCUACGAAUGAGUGUCAAGGCCUACGAGCCUACGAGCGAGUGUCAAGGCCUACGAGCGAGUGUCAAGGCCUACGAGCGAGUGUCAAGGCCUACGAGCGAGUGUCAAGGCUUACGAGUGAGUGUCAAGGCCUACGAGCGAGUGUCAAGGCCUACGAGCGAGUGUCAAGGCUUACGAGCGAGUGUCAAGGCUUACGAGCCUACGAGCGAGUGUCAAGGCCUACGAAUGAGUGUCAAGGCCUACGAGCGAGUGUCAAGGCUUACGAGUGAGUGUCAAGGCUUACGAGUGAGUGUCAAGGCCUACGAGCGAGUUUCAAGGCCUACGAGCGAGUGUCAAGGCCUACGAGCGAGUGUCAAGGCUUACGAGCGAGUGUCAAGGCUUACGAGUGAGUGUCAAGGCCUACGAGCGAGUGUCAAGGCCUACGAGCGAGUGUCAAGGCCUACGAGCGAGUGUCAAGGCCUACGAAUGAGUGUCAAGGCCUACGAGCGAGUGUCAAGGCUUACGAGUGAGUGUCAAGGCUUACGAGUGAGUGUCAAGGCCUACGAGCCUACGAGCGAGUGUCAAGGCCUACGGGUGAGUGUCAAGGCCUACGAGCGAGUGUCAAGGCCUACGAGCGAGUGUCAAGGCCUACGAGCGAGUGUCAAGGCCUACGAGCGAGUGUCAAGGCCUACGAAUGAGUGUCAAGGCCUACGAGCCUACGAGCGAGUGUCAAGGCCUACGAGUGAGUGUCAAAGCCUACGAGUGAGUGUCAAGGCCUACGAGCGAGUGUCAAGGCCUACGAAUGAGUGUCAAGGCCUACGAAUGAGUGUCAAGGCCUACAAGCGAGUGUCAAGGCUUACGAGCCUACGAGCGAGUGUCAAGGCCUACGAGCGAGUGUCAAGGCCUACGAGUGAGUGUCAAGGCCUACGAGCGAGUGUCAAGGCUUACGAGCCUACGGGUGAGUGUCAAGGCCUACGAGCGAGUGUCAAGGCCUACGAGCGAGUGUCAAGGCCUACGAGCGAGUGUCAAGGCCUACGAGUGAGUGUCAAGGCCUACGAGCGAGUGUCAAGGCCUACGAGCGAGUGUCAAGGCCUACGAGUGAGUGUCAAGGCCUACGAGCGAGUGUCAAGGCUUACGAGCCUACGGGUGAGUGUCAAGGCCUACGAGCGAGUGUCAAGGCCUACGAGCGAGUGUCAAGGCCUACGAGCGAGUGUCAAGGCCUACGAGCGAGUGUCAAGGCCUACGAAUGAGUGUCAAGGCCUACGAGUGAGUGUCAAGGCCUACGAGCGAGUGUCAAGGCCCACGAGCCUACGAGCGAGUGUCAAGGCCUACGAGCGAGUGUCAAGGCCUACGAGCGAGUGUCAAGGCUUACGAGUGAGUGUCAAGGCCUACGAGCGAGUGUCAAGGCCUACGAGCGAGUGUCAAGGCUUACGAGCGAGUGUCAAGGCUUACGAGCCUACGAGCGAGUGUCAAGGCCUACGAAAGAGUGUCAAGGCCUACGAGCGAGUGUCAAGGCUUACGAGUGAGUGUCAAGGCUUACGAGUGAGUGUCAAGGCCUACGAGCGAGUUUCAAGGCCUACGAGCGAGUGUCAAGGCCUACGAGCGAGUGUCAAGGCUUACGAGCGAGUGUCAAGGCUUACGAGUGAGUGUCAAGGCCUACGAGCGAGUGUCAAGGCCUACGAGCGAGUGUCAAGGCCUACGAGCGAGUGUCAAGGCCUACGAAUGAGUGUCAAGGCCUACGAGCGAGUGUCAAGGCUUACGAGCCUACGAGCGAGUGUCAAGGCCUACGAGCGAGUGUCAAGGCUUACGAGCCUACGAGCGAGUGUCAAGGCCUACGAGCGAGUGUCAAGGCCUACGAGCGAGUGUCAAGGCCUACGAGCGAGUGUCAAGGCCUACGAGCGAGUGUCAAGGCCUACGAGCGAGUGUCAAGGCUUACGAGUGAGUGUCAAGGCCUACGAGCGAGCGUCAAGGCCUACGAGCGAGUGUCAAGGCCUACGAGCGAGUGUCAAGGCCUACGAGCGAGUGUCAAGGCCUACGAGCGAGUGUCAAGGCCUACGAGCGAGUGUCAAGGCCUACGAGCGAGUGUCAAGGCUUACGAGUGAGUGUCAAGGCCUACGAGCGAGUGUCAAGGCCUACGAUCGAGUGUCAAGGCCUACGAGCGAGUGUCAAGGCCUACGAGCGAGUGUCAAGGCCUACGAGCGAGUGUCAAGGCCUACGAAUGAGUGUCAAGGCCUACGAGUGAGUGUCAAGGCCUACGAGCGAGUGUCAAGGCCCACGAGUGAGUGUCAAGGCCUACGAGUGAGUGUCAAGGCCUACGAGCGAGUGUCAAGGCCUACGAGCGAGUGUCAAGGCCUACGAGCGAGUGUCAAGGCCUACGAGCGAGUGUCAAGGCCUACGAGCGAGUGUCAAGGCUUACGAGUGAGUGUCAAGGCCUACGAGCGAGUGUCAAGGCCCACGAGUGAGUGUCAAGGCCUACGAGUGAGUGUCAAGGCCUACGAGCGAGUGUCAAGGCCUACGAAUGAGUGUCAAGGCCUACGAAUGAGUGUCAAGGCCUACAAGCGAGUGUCAAGGCUUACGAGCCUACGAGCGAGUGUCAAGGCCUACGAGCGAGUGUCAAGGCCUACGAGUGAGUGUCAAGGCCUACGAGCGAGUGUCAAGGCUUACGAGCCUACGGGUGAGUGUCAAGGCCUACGAGCGAGUGUCAAGGCCUACGAGCGAGUGUCAAGGCCUACGAGCGAGUGUCAAGGCCUACGAGUGAGUGUCAAGGCCUACGAGCGAGUGUCAAGGCCUACGAGCGAGUGUCAAGGCCUACGAGUGAGUGUCAAGGCCUACGAGCGAGUGUCAAGGCUUACGAGCCUACGGGUGAGUGUCAAGGCCUACGAGCGAGUGUCAAGGCCUACGAGCGAGUGUCAAGGCCUACGAGCGAGUGUCAAGGCCUACGAGCGAGUGUCAAGGCCUACGAAUGAGUGUCAAGGCCUACGAGUGAGUGUCAAGGCCUACGAGCGAGUGUCAAGGCCCACGAGCCUACGAGCGAGUGUCAAGGCCUACGAGCGAGUUUCAAGGCCUACGAGCGAGUGUCAAGGCCUACGAGCGAGUGUCAAGGCUUACGAGCGAGUGUCAAGGCUUACGAGUGAGUGUCAAGGCCUACGAGCGAGUGUCAAGGCCUACGAGCGAGUGUCAAGGCCUACGAGCGAGUGUCAAGGCCUACGAAUGAGUGUCAAGGCCUACGAGCGAGUGUCAAGGCUUACGAGCCUACGAGCGAGUGUCAAGGCCUACGAGCGAGUGUCAAGGCUUACAAGCCUACGAGCGAGUGUCAAGGCCUACGAGCGAGUGUCAAGGCCUACGAGCGAGUGUCAAGGCCUACGAGCGAGUGUCAAGGCCUACGAGCGAGUGUCAAGGCCUACGAGCGAGUGUCAAGGCUUACGAGUGAGUGUCAAGGCCUACGAGCGAGCGUCAAGGCCUACGAGCGAGUGUCAAGGCCUACGAGCGAGUGUCAAGGCCUACGAGCGAGUGUCAAGGCCUACGAGCGAGUGUCAAGGCCUACGAGCGAGUGUCAAGGCCUACGAGCGAGUGUCAAGGCUUACGAGUGAGUGUCAAGGCCUACGAGCGAGUGUCAAGGCCUACGAGCGAGUGUCAAGGCCUACGAGCGAGUGUCAAGGCCUACGAAUGAGUGUCAAGGCCUACGAGCGAGUGUCAAGGCUUACGAGCCUACGAGCGAGUGUCAAGGCCUACGAGCGAGUGUCAAGGCCUACGAGCGAGUGUCAAGGCCUACGAGCGAGUGUCAAGGCCUACGAGCGAGUGUCAAGGCCUACGAGUGAGUGUCAAGGCCUACGAGCGAGUGUCAAGGCCUACGAGCGAGUGUCAAGGCCUACGAGCGAGUGUCAAGGCCUACGAGCGAGUGUCAAGGCCUACGAGCGAGUGUCAAGGCUUACGAGUGAGUGUCAAGGCCUACGAGCGAGUGUCAAGGCCUACGAGCGAGUGUCGAGGCCUACGAGCGAGUGUCAAGGCCUACGAGCGAGUGUCAAGGCCUACGAGCGAGUGUCAAGGCCUACGAGCGAGUGUCAAGGCCUACGAAUGAGUGUCAAGGCCUACGAGCGAGUGUCAAAGCCUACGAGCGAGUGUCAAAGCCUACGAGCGAGUGUCAAGGCCUACGAGCGAGUGUCAAGGCCUACGAGCGAGUGUCAAGGCCUACGAGUGAGUGUCAAAGCCUACGAGCGAGUGUCAAGGCCUACGAGCCUACGAGCGAGUGUCAAGGCCUACGAGCGAGUGUCAAGGCCUACGAGCGAGUGUCAAGGCCUACGAGUGAGUGUCAAGGCCUACGAGCGAGUGUCAAGGCCUACGAGCGAGUGUCAAGGCCUACGAGCGAGUGUCAAGGCCUACGAGCGAGUGUCAAGGCUUACGAGUGAGUGUCAAGGCCUACGAGCGAGUGUCAAGGCCUACGAGCGAGUGUCAAGGCCUACGAGCGAGUGUCAAGGCCUACGAGCGAGUGUCAAGGCCUACGAGCGAGUGUCAAGGCUUACGAGUGAGUGUCAAGGCCUACGAGCGAGUGUCAAGGCCUACGAGCGAGUGUCGAGGCCUACGAGCGAGUGUCAAGGCCUACGAGCGAGUGUCAAGGCCUACGAGCGAGUGUCAAGGCCUACGAAUGAGUGUCAAGGCCUACGAGCGAGUGUCAAAGCCUACGAGCGAGUGUCAAAGCCUACGAGCGAGUGUCAAGGCCUACGAGCGAGUGUCAAGGCCUACGAGCGAGUGUCAAGGCCUACGAGCGAGUGUCAAGGCCUACGAGCCUACGAGCGAGUGUCAAGGCCUACGAGCGAGUGUCAAGGCCUACGAGCGAUUGUCAAGGCCUACGAGCGAGUGUCAAGGCCUACGAAUGAGUGUCAAGGCCUACGAGUGAGUGUCAAGGCCUACGAGCCUACGAGCGAGUGUCAAGGCCUACGGGUGAGCGUCAAGGCCUACGAGCGAGUGUCAAGGCCUACGAGCGAGUGUCAAGGCCUACGAGCGAGUGUCAAGGCCUAUGAGCGAGUGUCAAGGCCUACGAAUGAGUGUCAAGGCCUACGAGUGAGUGUCAAGGCCUACGAGCGAGUGUCAAGGCCCACGAGCCUACGAGCGAGUGUCAAGGCCUACGAGCGAGUGUCAAGGCCUACGAGUGAGUGUCAAGGCCUACGAGCGAGUGUCAAGGCCUACGAGCGAGUGUCAAGGCCUACGAGCGAGUGUCAAGGCCUACGAAUGAGUGUCAAGGCCUACGAGCGAGUGUCAAGGCUUACGAGCCUACGAGCGAGUGUCAAGGCCUACGAGCGAGUGUCAAGGCUUACGAGCCUACGAGCGAGUGUCAAGGCCUACGAGCGAGUGUCAAGGCCUACGAGCGAGUGUCAAGGCCUACGAGCGAGUGUCAAGGCCUACGAGCGAGUGUCAAGGCCUACGAGCGAGUGUCAAGGCUUACGAGCCUACGAGCGAGUGUCAAGGCCUACGAGCGAGUGUCAAGGCCUACGAGCGAGUGUCAAGGCCUACGAGCGAGUGUCAAGGCUUACGAGUGAGUGUCAAGGCCUACGAGCGAGUGUCAAGGCCUACGAGCGAGUGUCAAGGCCUACGAGCGAGUGUCAAGGCCUACGAAUGAGUGUCAAGGCCUACGAGCGAGUGUCAAGGCUUACGAGCCUACGAGCGAGUGUCAAGGCCUACGAGCGAGUGUCAAGGCCUACGAGCGAGUGUCAAGGCCUACGAGCGAGUGUCAAGGCCUACGAGCGAGUGUCAAGGCUUACGAGUGAGUGUCAAGGCCUACGAGCGAGUGUCAAGGCCUACGAGCGAGUGUCGAGGCCUACGAGCGAGUGUCAAGGCCUACGAGCGAGUGUCAAGGCCUACGAGCGAGUGUCAAGGCCUACGAGCGAGUGUCAAGGCCUACGAAUGAGUGUCAAUGCCUACGAGCGAGUGUCAAAGCCUACGAGCGAGUGUCAAAGCCUACGAGCGAGUGUCAAGGCCUACGAGCGAGUGUCAAGGCCUACGAGCGAGUGUCAAGGCCUACGAGCGAGUGUCAAGGCCUACGGGCCUACGAGCGAGUGUCAAGGCCCACGAGUGAGUGUCAAGGCCUACGAGCGAGUGUCAAGGCCUACGAGUGAGUGUCAAAGCCUACGAGUGAGUGUCAAGGCCUACGAGCGAGUGUCAAGGCCUACGAAUGAGUGUCAAGGCCUACGAAUGAGUGUCAAGGCCUACAAGCGAGUGUCAAGGCUUACGAGCCUACGAGCGAGUGUCAAGGCCUACGAGCGAGUGUCAAGGCCUACGAGCGAGUGUCAAGGCCUACGAGCGAGUGUCAAGGCCUACGAGCGAGUGUCAAGGCUUACGAGUGAGUGUCAAGGCCUACGAGCGAGUGUCAAGGCCUACGAGCGAGUGUCAAGGCCUACGAGUGAGUGUCAAAGCCUACGAGUGAGUGUCAAGGCCUACGAGCGAGUGUCAAGGCCUACGAAUGAGUGUCAAGGCCUACGAAUGAGUGUCAAGGCCUACAAGCGAGUGUCAAGGCUUACGAGCCUACGAGCGAGUGUCAAGGCCUACGAGCGAGUGUCAAGGCCUACGAGCGAGUGUCAAGGCCUACGAGCGAGUGUCAAGGCCUACGAGCGAGUGUCAAGGCUUACGAGCCUACGAGCGAGUGUCAAGGCCUACGAGCGAGUGUCGAGGCCUACGAGCGAGUGUCAAGGCCUACGAGCGAGUGUCAAGGCCUACGAGCGAGUGUCAAGGCCUACGAGCGAGUGUCAAGGCCUACGAAUGAGUGUCAAUGCCUACGAGCGAGUGUCAAGGCCUAUGAGCGAGUGUCAAGGCCUACGAAUGAGUGUCAAGGCCUACGAGCCUACGAGCGAGUGUCAAGGCCUACGAGUGAGUGUCAAAGCCUACGAGCCUACGAGUGAGUGUCAAGGCCUACGAGCGAGUGUCAAGGCCUACGAGCGAGUGUCAAGGCCUACGAGUGAGUGUCAAGGCCUACGAGCGAGUGUCAAGGCCUACGAGCGAGUGUCAAGGCCUACGAGCGAGUGUCAAGGCCUACGAAUGAGUGUCAAGGCCUACGAGCGAGUGUCAAGGCUUACGAGCCUACGAGCGAGUGUCAAGGCCUACGAGCGAGUGUCAAGGCUUACGAGCCUACGAGCGAGUGUCAAGGCCUACGAGCGAGUGUCAAGGCCUACGAGCGAGUGUCAAGGCCUACGAGCGAGUGUCAAGGCCUACGAGCGAGUGUCAAGGCCUACGAGCGAGUGUCAAGGCUUACGAGCCUACGAGCGAGUGUCAAGGCCUACGAGCGAGUGUCAAGGCCUACGAGCGAGUGUCAAGGCCUACGAGCGAGUGUCAAGGCUUACGAGUGAGUGUCAAGGCCUACGAGCGAGUGUCAAGGCCUACGAGCGAGUGUCAAGGCCUACGAGCGAGUGUCAAGGCCUACGAAUGAGUGUCAAGGCCUACGAGCGAGUGUCAAGGCUUACGAGCCUACGAGCGAGUGUCAAGGCCUACGAGCGAGUGUCAAGGCCUACGAGCGAGUGUCAAGGCCUACGAGCGAGUGUCAAGGCCUACGAGCGAGUGUCAAGGCUUACGAGUGAGUGUCAAGGCCUACGAGCGAGUGUCAAGGCCUACGAGCGAGUGUCGAGGCCUACGAGCGAGUGUCAAGGCCUACGAGCGAGUGUCAAGGCCUACGAGCGAGUGUCAAGGCCUACGAGCGAGUGUCAAGGCCUACGAAUGAGUGUCAAUGCCUACGAGCGAGUGUCAAAGCCUACGAGCGAGUGUCAAAGCCUACGAGCGAGUGUCAAGGCCUACGAGCGAGUGUCAAGGCCUACGAGCGAGUGUCAAGGCCUACGAGCGAGUGUCAAGGCCCACGAGCGAGUGUCAAGGCCUACGAGCCUACGAGCGAGUGUCAAGGCCUACGAGCGAGUGUCAAGGCCUACGAGCGAGUGUCAAGGUUUACGAGCGAGUGUCAAGGCCUACGAGCGAGUGUCAAGGCCUACGAAUGAGUGUCAAGGCCUACGAGCCUACGAGCGAGUGUCAAGGCCUACGAGUGAGUGUCAAAGCCUACGAGUGAGUGUCAAGGCCUACGAGCGAGUGUCAAAACCUACGAAUGAGUGUCAAGGCCUACGAAUGAGUGUCAAGGCCUACAAGCGAGUGUCAAGGCUUACGAGCCUACGAGCGAGUGUCAAGGCCUACGAGCGAGUGUCAAGGCCUACGAGCGAGUGUCAAGGCCUACGAGCGAGUGUCAAGGCCUACGAGCGAGUGUCAAGGCUUACGAGUGAGUGUCAAGGCCUACGAGCGAGUGUCAAGGCCUACGAGCGAGUGUCAAGGCUUACGAGCGAGUGUCAAGGCUUACGAGUGAGUGUCAAGGCCUACGAGCGAGUGUCAAGGCCUACGAAUGAGUGUCAAGGCCUACGAGUGAGUGUCAAGGCCUACGAGCGAGUGUCAAGGCCCACGAGUGAGUGUCAAGGCCUACGAGCGAGUGUCAAGGCCUACGAGCCUACGAGCGAGUGUCAAGGCUUACGAGUGAGUGUCAAGGCCUACGAGCGAGUGUCAAGGCCUACGAGUGAGUGUCAAGGCCUACGAGCGAGUGUCAAGGCCUACGAGCGAGUGUCAAGGCCUACGAGCGAGUGUCAAGGCCUACGAGUGAGUGUCAAGGCCUACGAGCGAGUGUCAAGGCUUACGAGCCUACGGGUGAGUGUCAAGGCCUACGAGCGAGUGUCAAGGCCUACGAGCGAGUGUCAAGGCCUACGAGCGAGUGUCAAGGCCUACGAGCGAGUGUCAAGGCCUACGAAUGAGUGUCAAGGCCUACGAGCCUACGAGCGAGUGUCAAGGCCUACGAGUGAGUGUCAAAGCCUACGAGUGAGUGUCAAGGCCUACGAGCGAGUGUCAAGGCCUACGAAUGAGUGUCAAGGCCUACGAAUGAGUGUCAAGGCCUACAAGCGAGUGUCAAGGCUUACGAGCCUACGAGCGAGUGUCAAGGCCUACGAGCGAGUGUCAAGGCCUACGAGCGAGUGUCAAGGCCUACGAGCGAGUGUCAAGGCCUACGAGCGAGUGUCAAGGCUUACGAGUGAGUGUCAAGGCCUACGAGCGAGUGUCAAGGCCUACGAGCGAGUGUCAAGGCCUACGAGUGAGUGUCAAAGCCUACGAGUGAGUGUCAAGGCCUACGAGCGAGUGUCAAGGCCUACGAAUGAGUGUCAAGGCCUACGAAUGAGUGUCAAGGCCUACAAGCGAGUGUCAAGGCUUACGAGCCUACGAGCGAGUGUCAAGGCCUACGAGCGAGUGUCAAGGCCUACGAGCGAGUGUCAAGGCCUACGAGCGAGUGUCAAGGCCUACGAGCGAGUGUCAAGGCUUACGAGUGAGUGUCAAGGCCUACGAGCGAGUGUCAAGGCCUACGAGCGAGUGUCAAGGCUUACGAGCGAGUGUCAAGGCUUACGAGUGAGUGUCAAGGCCUACGAGCGAGUGUCAAGGCCUACGAAUGAGUGUCAAGGCCUACGAGUGAGUGUCAAGGCCUACGAGCGAGUGUCAAGGCCCACGAGUGAGUGUCAAGGCCUACGAGCGAGUGUCAAGGCCUACGAGCCUACGAGCGAGUGUCAAGGCUUACGAGUGAGUGUCAAGGCCUACGAGCGAGUGUCAAGGCCUACGAGUGAGUGUCAAGGCCUACGAGCGAGUGUCAAGGCCUACGAGCGAGUGUCAAGGCCUACGAGCGAGUGUCAAGGCCUACGAGUGAGUGUCAAGGCCUACGAGCGAGUGUCAAGGCUUACGAGUGAUUGUCAAGGCCUACGAGUGAGUGUCAAGGCCUACGAGCGAGUGUCAAGGCCUACGGGCCUACGAGCGAGUGUCAAGGCCUACGAGCGAGUGUCAAGGCCUACGAAUGAGUGUCAAGGCCUACGAGUGAGUGUCAAGGCCUACGAGCGAGUGUCAAGGCCCACGAGUGAGUGUCAAGGCCUACGAGCGAGUGUCAAGGCCUACGAGCCUACGAAUGAGUGUCAAGGCCUACGAAUGAGUGUCAAGGCCUACAAGCGAGUGUCAAGGCUUACGAGCCUACGAGCGAGUGUCAAGGCCUACGAGCGAGUGUCAAGGCCUACGAGCGAGUGUCAAGGCCUACGAGCGAGUGUCAAGGCCUACGAGCGAGUGUCAAGGCUUACGAGUGAGUGUCAAGGCCUACGAGCGAGUGUCAAGGCCUACGAGCGAGUGUCAAGGCUUACGAGCGAGUGUCAAGGCUUACGAGUGAGUGUCAAGGCCUACGAGCGAGUGUCAAGGCCUACGAAUGAGUGUCAAGGCCUACGAGUGAGUGUCAAGGCCUACGAGCGAGUGUCAAGGCCCACGAGUGAGUGUCAAGGCCUACGAGCGAGUGUCAAGGCCUACGAGCCUACGAGCGAGUGUCAAGGCUUACGAGUGAGUGUCAAGGCCUACGAGCGAGUGUCAAGGCCUACGAGCGAGUGUCAAGGCUUACGAGCGAGUGUCAAGGCUUACGAGCCUACGAGCGAGUGUCAAGGCCUACGAAUGAGUGUCAAGGCCUACGAGCGAGUGUCAAGGCUUACGAGUGAGUGUCAAGGCUUACGAGUGAGUGUCAAGGCCUACGAGCGAGUGUCAAGGCCUACGAGCGAGUGUCAAGGCUUACGAGCUUACGAGCGAGUGUCAAGGCUUACGAGUGAGUGUCAAGGCCUACGAGCGAGUGUCAAGGCCUACGAGCGAGUGUCAAGGCCUACGAGCGAGUGUCAAGGCCUACGAAUGAGUGUCAAGGCCUACGAGCGAGUGUCAAGGCUUACGAGCCUACGAGCGAGUGUCAAGGCCUACGAGCGAGUGUCAAGGCCUACGAGCGAGUGUCAAGGCCUACGAAUGAGUGUCAAGGCCUACGAGCGAGUGUCAAGGCCCACGAGUGAGUGUCAAGGCCUACGAGCGAGUGUCAAGGCCUACGAGCCUACGAAUGAGUGUCAAGGCCUACGAAUGAGUGUCAAGGCCUACAAGCGAGUGUCAAGGCUUACGAGCCUACGAGCGAGUGUCAAGGCCUACGAGCGAGUGUCAAGGCCUACGAGCGAGUGUCAAGGCCUACGAGUGAGUGUCAAGGCCUACGAGCGAGUGUCAAGGCUUACGAGCCUACGGGUGAGUGUCAAGGCCUACGAGCGAGUGUCAAGGCCUACGAGCGAGUGUCAAGGCCUACGAGCGAGUGUCAAGGCCUACGAGCGAGUGUCAAGGCCUACGAAUGAGUGUCAAGGCCUACGAGCCUACGAGCGAGUGUCAAGGCCUACGAGUGAGUGUCAAAGCCUACGAGUGAGUGUCAAGGCCUACGAGCGAGUGUCAAGGCCUACGAAUGAGUGUCAAGGCCUACGAAUGAGUGUCAAGGCCUACAAGCGAGUGUCAAGGCUUACGAGCCUACGAGCGAGUGUCAAGGCCUACGAGCGAGUGUCAAGGCCUACGAGCGAGUGUCAAGGCCUACGAGCGAGUGUCAAGGCCUACGAGCGAGUGUCAAGGCUUACGAGCCUACGAGCGAGUUUCAAGGCCUACGAGCGAGUGUCAAGGCCUACGAGCGAGUGUCAAGGCCUACGAAUGAGUGUCAAGGCCUACGAGCGAGUGUCAAGGCUUACGAGCCUACGAGCGAGUGUCAAGGCCUACGAGCGAGUGUCAAGGCUUACGAGCGAGUGUCAAGGCUUACGAGUGAGUGUCAAGGCCUACGAGCGAGUGUCAAGGCCUACGAGCGAGUGUCAAGGCCUACGAGCGAGUGUCAAGGCCUACGAGCGAGUGUCAAGGCCUACGAAUGAGUGUCAAGGCCUACGAGCGAGUGUCAAGGCUUACGAGCCUAAGAGCGAGUGUCAAGGCCUACGAGCGAGUGUCAAGGCCUACGAGCGAGUGUCAAGGCCUACGAGCGAGUGUCAAGGCCUACGAGCGAGUGUCAAGGCUUACGAGCCUACGAGCGAGUGUCAAGGCCUACGGGUGAGUGUCAAGGCCUACGAGCGAGUGUCAAGGCCUACGAGCGAGUGUCAAGGCCUACGAGCGAGUGUCAAGGCCUACGAGCGAGUGUCAAGGCCUACGAAUGAGUGUCAAGGCCUACGAGCCUACGAGCGAGUGUCAAGGCCUACGAGUGAGUGUCAAAGCCUACGAGUGAGUGUCAAGGCCUACGAGCGAGUGUCAAGGCCUACGAAUGAGUGUCAAGGCCUACGAAUGAGUGUCAAGGCCUACAAGCGAGUGUCAAGGCUUACGAGCCUACGAGCGAGUGUCAAGGCCUACGAGCGAGUGUCAAGGCCUACGAGCGAGUGUCAAGGCCUACGAGCGAGUGUCAAGGCCUACGAGCGAGUGUCAAGGCUUACGAGUGAGUGUCAAGGCCUACGAGCGAGUGUCAAGGCCUACGAGCGAGUGUCAAGGCUUACGAGCGAGUGUCAAGGCUUACGAGCCUACGAGCGAGUGUCAAGGCCUACGAAUGAGUGUCAAGGCCUACGAGCGAGUGUCAAGGCUUACGAGCCUACGAGCGAGUGUCAAGGCUUACGAGUGAGUGUCAAGGCCUACGAGCGAGUGUCAAGGCCUACGAGCGAGUGUCAAGGCUUACGAGCGAGUGUCAAGGCUUACGAGCUUACGAGUGAGUGUCAAGGCCUAAGAGCGAGUGUCAAGGCCUACGAGCGAGUGUCAAGGCCUACGAGCGAGUGUCAAGGCUUACGAGCCUACGAGCGAGUGUCAAGGCCUACGAGCGAGUGUCAAGGCCUACGAGCGAGUGUCAAGGCCUACGAGCGAGUGUCAAGGCUUACGAGUGAGUGUCAAGGCCUACGAGCGAGUGUCAAGGCCUACGAGCGAGUGUCAAGGCCUACGAGCGAGUGUCAAGGCCUACGAAUGAGUGUCAAGGCCUACGAGCGAGUGUCAAGGCUUACGAGCUUACGAGUGAGUGUCAAGGCCUACGAGCGAGUGUCAAGGCCUACGAGUGAGUGUCAAAGCCUACGAGUGAGUGUCAAGGCCUACGAGCGAGUGUCAAGGCCUACGAAUGAGUGUCAAGGCCUACGAAUGAGUGUCAGGGCCUACAAGCGAGUGUCAAGGCUUACGAGCCUACGAGCGAGUGUCAAGGCCUACGAGCGAGUGUCAAGGCCUACGAGCGAGUGUCAAGGCCUACGAGGGAGUGUCAAGGCCUACGAGCGAGUGUCAAGGCUUACGAGUGAGUGUCAAGGCCUACGAGUGAGUGUCAAGGCCUACGAGCGAGUGUCAAGGCCUACGGGCCUACGAGCGAGUGUCAAGGCCUACGAGCGAGUGUCAAGGCCUACGAGUGAGUGUCAAGGCCUACGAGCGAGUGUCAAGGCCUACGAGCGAGUGUCAAGGCCUACGAGCGAUUGUCAAGGCCUACGAGCCUACGAGCGAGUGUCAAGGCCUACGAGUGAGUGUCAAAGCCUACGAGCGAGUGUCAAGGCCUACGAGCGAGUGUCAAGGCCUACGGGUGAGUGUCAAGGCCUACGAGCGAGUGUCAAGGCCUACGAGCGAGUGUCAAGGCCUACGAGCGAGUGUCAAGGCCUACGAGCGAGUGUCAAGGCCUACGAGCGAGUGUCAAGGCCUACGAGCGAGUGUCAAGGCCUACGAAUGAGUGUCAAGGCCUACGAGCGAGUGUCAAGGCUUACGAGCCUACGAGCGAGUGUCAAGGCCUACGAGCGAGUGUCAAGGCUUACGAGCCUACGAGCGAGUGUCAAGGCCUACGAGCGAGUGUCAAGGCCUACGAGCGAGUGUCAAGGCCUACGAGCGAGUGUCAAGGCUUACGAGCCUACGAGCGAGUGUCAAGGCCUACGAAUGAGUGUCAAGGCCUACGAGCGAGUGUCAAGGCUUACGAGUGAGUGUCAAGGCCUACGAGCGAGUGUCAAGGCCUACGAGCGAGUGUCAAGGCUUACGAGUGAGUGUCAAGGCCUACGAGCGAGUGUCAAGGCCUACGAGCCUACGAGCGAGUGUCAAGGCCUACGAGUGAGUGUCAAGGCCUACGAGCGAGUGUCAAGGCCUACGAGCGAGUGUCAAGGCCUACGAGCGAGUGUCAAGGCCUACGAGGGAGUGUCAAGGCCUACGAGCGAGUGUCAAGGCUUACGAGUGAGUGUCAAGGCCUACGAGCCUACGAGCGAGUGUCAAGGCCUACGAGCGAGUGUCAAGGCCUACGAGCGAGUGUCAAGGCCUACGAGCGAGUGUCAAGGCCUACGAGUGAGUGUCAAGGCCUACGAGCGAGUGUCAAGGCCUACGAGCGAGUGUCAAGGCCUACGAGCGAUUGUCAAGGCCUACGAGCCUACGAGCGAGUGUCAAGGCCUACGAGUGAGUGUCAAAGCCUACGAGCGAGUGUCAAGGCCUACGAGCGAGUGUCAAGGCCUACGGGCCUACGAGCGAGUGUCAAGGCCUACGAAUGAGUGUCAAGGCCUACGAAUGAGUGUCAAGGCCUACAUGCGAGUGUCAAGGCUUACGAGCCUACGAGCGAGUGUCAAGGCCUACGAGCGAGUGUCAAAGCCUACGAGCGAGUGUCAAGGCCUACGAGCGAGUGUCAAGGCCUACGAGCGAGUGUCAAGGCCUACGAGCGAGUGUCAAGGCCUACGAGCGAGUGUCAAGGCUUACGAGCCUACGAGCGAGUGUCAAGGCCUACGAAUGAGUGUCAAGGCCUACGAGCGAGUGUCAAGGCUUACGAGCUUACGAGUGAGUGUCAAGGCCUACGAGCGAGUGUCAAGGCCUACGAGUGAGUGUCAAAGCCUACGAGUGAGUGUCAAGGCCUACGAGCGAGUGUCAAGGCCUACGAAUGAGUGUCAAGGCCUACGAAUGAGUGUCAAGGCCUACAAGCGAGUGUCAAGGCUUACGAGCCUACGAGCGAGUGUCAAGGCCUACGAGCGAGUGUCAAGGCCUACGAGCGAGUGUCAAGGCCUACGAGUGAGUGUCAAGGCCUACGAGCGAGUGUCAAGGCUUACGAGUGAGUGUCAAGGCCUACGAGUGAGUGUCAAGGCCUACGAGCGAGUGUCAAGGCCUACGGGCCUACGAGCGAGUGUCAAGGCCUACGAGCGAGUGUCAAGGCCUACGAGCGAGUGUCAAGGCCUACGAGCGAGUGUCAAGGCCUACGAGCGAGUGUCAAGGCCUACGAGUGAGUGUCAAGGCCUACGAGCGAGUGUCAAGGCCUACGAGCGAGUGUCAAGGCCUACGAGCGAUUGUCAAGGCCUACGAGCCUACGAGCGAGUGUCAAGGCCUACGAGUGAGUGUCAAAGCCUACGAGCGAGUGUCAAGGCCUACGAGCGAGUGUCAAGGCCUACGGGUGAGUGUCAAGGCCUACGAGCGAGUGUCAAGGCCUACGAGCGAGUGUCAAGGCCUACGAGCGAGUGUCAAGGCCUACGAGCGAGUGUCAAGGCCUACGAGCGAGUGUCAAGGCCUACGAAUGAGUGUCAAGGCCUACGAAUGAGUGUCAAGGCCUACGAGCGAGUGUCAAGGCUUACGAGCGAGUGUCAAGGCUUACGAGUGAGUGUCAAGGCCUACGAGCGAGUGUCAAGGCCUACGAAUGAGUAUCAAGGCCUACGAGUGAGUGUCAAGGCCUACGAGCGAGUGUCAAGGCCCACGAGUGAGUGUCAAGGCCUACGAGCGAGUGUCAAGGCCUACGAGCGAGUGUCAAGGCUUACGAGUGAGUGUCAAGGCCUACGAGCGAGUGUCAAGGCCUACGAGCGAGUGUCAAGGCUUACGAGUGAGUGUCAAGGCCUACGAGCGAGUGUCAAGGCCUACGAGCGAGUGUCAAGGCUUACGAGCGAGUGUCAAGGCUUACGAGCCUACGAGCGAGUGUCAAGGCCCACGAGUGAGUGUCAAGGCCUACGAGCGAGUGUCAAGGCCUACGAGCCUACGAGCGAGUGUCAAGGCUUACGAGUGAGUGUCAAGGCCUACGAGCGAGUGUCAAGGCCUACGAGCGAGUGUCAAGGCUUACGAGCGAGUGUCAAGGCUUACGAGCCUACGAGCGAGUGUCAAGGCCUACGAAUGAGUGUCAAGGCCUACGAGCGAGUGUCAAGGCUUACGAGUGAGUGUCAAGGCUUACGAGUGAGUGUCAAGGCCUACGAGCGAGUGUCAAGGCCUACGAGCGAGUGUCAAGGCUUACGAGCCUACGAGCGAGUGUCAAGGCCUACGAGCGAGUGUCAAGGCCUACGAAUGAGUGUCAAGGCCUACGAGCGAGUGUCAAGGCUUACGAGCCUACGGGUGAAUGUCAAGGCCUACGAGCGAGUGUCAAGGCCUACGAGCGAGUGUCAAGGCCUACGAGCGAGUGUCAAGGCCUACGAGCGAGUGUCAAGGCCUACGAAUGAGUGUCAAGGCCUACGAGCCUACGAGCGAGUGUCAAGGCCUACGAGUGAGUGUCAAAGCCUACGAGUGAGUGUCAAGGCCUACGAGCGAGUGUCAAGGCCUACGAAUGAGUGUCAAGGCCUACGAAUGAGUGUCAAGGCCUACAAGCGAGUGUCAAGGCUUACGAGCCUACGAGCGAGUGUCAAGGCCUACGAGCGAGUGUCAAGGCCUACGAGCGAGUGUCAAGGCCUACGAGUGAGUGUCAAGGCCUACGAGCGAGUGUCAAGGCUUACGAGCCUACGGGUGAGUGUCAAGGCCUACGAGCGAGUGUCAAGGCCUACGAGCGAGUGUCAAGGCCUACGAGCGAGUGUCAAGGCCUACGAGCGAGUGUCAAGGCCUACGAAUGAGUGUCAAGGCCUACGAGCCUACGAGCGAGUGUCAAGGCCUACGAGUGAGUGUCAAAGCCUACGAGUGAGUGUCAAGGCCUACGAGCGAGUGUCAAGGCCUACGAAUGAGUGUCAAGGCCUACGAAUGAGUGUCAAGGCCUACAAGCGAGGUGUCAAGGCUUACGAGCCUACGAGCGAGUGUCAAGGCCUACGAGCGAGUGUCAAGGCCUACGAGCGAGUGUCAAGGCCUACGAGCGAGUGUCAAGGCCCUACGAGCGAGUGUCAAGGCUUACGAGCUUACGAGCGAGUGUCAAGGCUUACGAGUGAGUGUCAAGGCCUACGAGCGAGUUUCAAGGCCUACGAGCGAGUGUCAAGGCCUACGAGCGAGUGUCAAGGCCUACGAAUGAGUGUCAAGGCCUACGAGCGAGUGGUCAAGGCUUACGAGCCUACGAGCGAGUGUCAAGGCCUACGAGCGAGUGUCAAGGCCUACGAGCGAGUGUCAAGGCCUACGAGCGAGUGUCAAGGCCUACGAGCGAGUGUCAAGGCUUACGAGCCUACGAGCGAGUUUCAAGGCCUACGAGCGAGUGUCAAGGCCUACGAGCGAGUGUCAAGGCCUACGAAUGAGUGUCAAGGCCUACGAGCGAGUGUCAAGGCUUCGAGUGAGUGUCAAGGCUUACGAGUGAGUGUCAAGGCCUACGAGCGAGUGUCAAGGCCUACGAGCGAGUGUCAAGGCUUACGAGCUUACGAGCGAGUGUCAAGGCUUACGAGUGAGUGUCAAGGCCUACGAGCGAGUGUCAAGGCCUACGAGCGAGUGUCAAGGCCUACGAGCGAGUGUCAAGGCCUACGAAUGAGUGUCAAGGCCUACGAGCGAGUGUCAAGGCUUACGAGCCUACGAGCGAGUGUCAAGGCCUACGAGCGAGUGUCAAGGCUUACGAGCCUACGAGCGAGUGUCAAGGCCUACGAGCGAGUGUCAAGGCCUACGAGCGAGUGUCAAGGCCUACGAGCGAGUGUCAAGGCCUACGAGCGAGUGUCAAGGCCUACGAGCGAGUGUCAACGCAGAGUACUGAUUUGUGAUCAGACAAACCAGAGAAUGAGUAAUGCAUCGGCUUGA